GGUUGAAGUCCUUCAAGGUCGCCUCAGUGUAGCUCAAAGUAUAUGAUGUGAUAGCUUCUGAGUUCAGUUCUACUCGUCAUUCACCUUGGCCUAGUGUUAUGAAAUUCAUUGAAGCACAAUCACCAGAUAGCCUUGGUGCUGACAUAGGUUGUGGGAAUGGAAAGUAUCUUACUGCAACAUCAAAAAAUCAUGCUAAUAUAGGAGCUAACUCUUCAACUAAUGUUAAAAGCAAGAGUGUAGCUGCUGUUUCUAAUUUCAUUCCUAUCGCUGCUAUGGAGAGAAGCCCAAAAUUAGCAGAGAUUGUAUAUAGUAGAGGUUUUGAUGUAGUCAUUGGUGACAUACUACGAAUACCUUAUUGUUCCGAACGUUUUGAUUUUUUCCUAUGCAUAGCUGUUAUUCAUCAUUUAUCUACUCUGCCUAGGCGCAUAGAAGCAGUAAACGAAUUGGCUCGUAUUCUACGUGUUGGAGGUAAAGGAUUAAUACAA